CACUCGGCGGGUUUUGGUGGGGAACCAUGGCCUGAAAGAAGCACGCCGAGAACGAGAUGGGAGACGACGAGACUGUGAAGAAGGAGGCGCUGCAGAUAAUUGGACUUUUCCAGAAUCUUCCCCGUCUUGUCGUCUUCGAUCUCGAUUACACACUUUGGCCUUUCUAUUGCGAGUGCUAUUAUGAAGAUGACACCCCUUACCUUUAUCCACAAGCAAGAGGAAUAUUGUAUGCACUUAAGGAGAAGGGGAUAGAUGUGGCAAUUGCUUCUAGAUCUCCGACUUCUCAUAUAGCUAAAACAUUUCUUGACAAGCUGGGCAUGCAGUCUAUGUUUGUGGCGCAGGAAAUUUUCUCUAGUUGGACUCAUAAAACAGAUCAUUUUCAGAGAAUUCAUAGAAAAACUGGGGUUCCUCACAGCUCAAUGCUAUUCUUUGAUGACGAGGAUCGGAACAUUGGAGCAGUUUCCAAAAUGGGUGUGACAAGCAUUCUGGUCGGCAAUGGAGUAAACCUUGCAGCCUUGAGGAACGGAUUGUCACAGUUUUCUCGAAACUCAGGCUCAUCAAGCAGUAGCUAAUGAAAUGAAUGUUGCGUCAAGAGCUUGUGUUGUUCUAGAUAUAAAAUUAGGUUUAUCAGUGGGGAGAUUCUGGUUGGAGCAAUGUUGACUAUGGUAAACUUGUAAUAAUUGAACCUGAUUCAUUUGUAAGCAUUUUCCAACAUACAAAUAUGCCUUGUUGCUUAUAGGGAGAUGGACAAUGUUGCAAUUAAUAUGGUAAAAUAAUUAACAAUGCUGGCUACAAGUUUCUUCGCAAA